UCACUGCUUUACCGCUAGGCCGAGCCGAGCAAGCUGCAAAAUUCAGCUUGAGUUGAUGUGGAGAGUUGAUUGCCAAGAGGGCGGAAGUUAAUUUCUAAUUUUCACUAAAAAAUCGCUACAAAUCGGUGUAAAAGUUAGCAUUUAUGCUGCCCUAAAAGAACUUUGUUUUAGUUUUGUUCUCGAGCCGAAGCGAUGUCGAAACGGUCGGCGGAUGAUUCCGCCGGAAGUGGGGCGGCCGGAGCGGGGGCCGCUCCGCCCAUCAAGAAGGUCCACUUUGAGCCGCACCUGAUCGGGCCCAUCUCGACGCUGGAGGAGAUGGACAUCAAGGUGCUGCAGUUCCAGAACAAGAAGCUGGCCCAGCGCAUCGAGCAGCGCGUUCGGUGCGAGGCCGAACUCCGGCAGCGGAUCGAGCAGCUGGAGAAGCGCCAAACGCAGGACGACGCCGUGCUGAACGUCGUAAACCGGUACUGGAACCAGCUGAACGAGGACAUCCGCGUGCUGCUGCAGCGGUUCGACGCGGAGACGGCGGACGAGUCGGAGAAUAAGAAUGAAAACGAAGUCACCACGUCCUUCCUGAUGCAGUUGUCCACCUGGGACAAGGAAGAACUGGACGACAAGUUGGCCAAUCGCGUCCAGGUGUCGAAGCGUGCCGUCGCGAAGAUUGUCCAGGUGUUUGACCGGCUGAUGCAGCGUAACGAGAAAAUAACGCUGGCCAUGAAGGGCGAGUCGGAAGAUCCGGACGCGAACGUGCCGGAGAUUGACGAAACGCUGCGCCAAAGUUACACCGAGGUGAUGGCCGAGAAUCGGAACUUGCAGACGCAGAACACGCUGCUGCACGAAAAGUUCCACACGAUUUCGCUCAAGAUGAGCGAAAUUCAGGACGUGCUCAACGGGAAGGAGACGGAAUCGGCAGAGUUGAAGAACCAGAUUGACGAUCUGCAGUAUGAGUUGGAGAAGGUCCGUUGCCGGAACGACAAGCUGGAGAAUCAUUUGGCGGAAGCUAUCGAGAAGCUCAAGGCGUACCACCAACUGCACGGGGACAUUUCCAGCUCGGACAAGGACAAACACUCGACGUCGGCACCGAGCAGCGCCAAGGCCGGUUCUAUGACCAGCGUUGCGGCCCAACAUCUGGAAGAUCUCCAGAAGGAGCUCGAAGAAUACAAAGAACUUGCGCAGAACCGGCUCCAAGAACUGGACAAAUUGCACCUGCAACACCGUGAAGUGUUGAAGGAGGUCGAGAAGCUCAAGAUGGACAUUCGCCAGCUGCCGGAAUCGGUGAUCGUCGAGACGACCGAGUACAAGUGUCUGCAGUCGCAGUUCUCCGUGCUCUACAACGAGUCGAUGCAAAUCAAGACCCUGCUGGACGAGAGCCGCAAUCAGCUGCAGACGAGCAAGAACCAGCACCUGCGGCAGAUCGAGAUGAUGGAGAGCGAAGAGUUGAUCGCGCAAAAGCGCGUCCGCAGCGACAUGAUCCAGAUGGAGGACGUCCUGUCGCAAAUUCGCAAAGAGUACGAAAUGUUGCGAAUCGAGUUCGAGCAGAACAUGGCCGCGAACGAGCAGACUGCGCCGAUCAACCGGGAGAUGCGCCACCUCAUCACGUCCCUGCAGAACCACAACGGCCAGCUGAAGGGUGAAGUGCAGCGGUACAAGAAGAAGUACAAGGAAGUCUCGUCGGAUAACGUCAAGCUGCGGAAGGAUCUGGAGGAAACGGGAGCGAAGCUUACGACCCUGCAGGAACAGCAGCAAGCCGAAGUGAAGAAGGAAAGUGAGCAAGCGGCGGCCGCAGCGGGGAUCAAGGAGGAACCUGGGACGUGCGACGGUCAGGGAGGAACGGUCAAGGAAGAAGAUUGUGGGGAAGCGGGGUCGGGAAUGGUAAAGUCGGAAUCGGGCGAGGAAGGCGACGGAGCUGAUCCGAACGGGGUCAAGAAGGAGGAAAUCGGACCGGAUGGCAAACCCAUCAAGGUUGAGGCACCUGGGACGCCCAAGGGGGACAAGGAGCAGCGAGCGAAGAGUGCAGAGUCCGAUCUGGUGCGGGAUCUACGCAAUCAGAUCAAAAAGGCUCUGAACGAUCAAAAGGAGAUGAAACUGCUGCUGGACAUGUACAAAGGCGUCUCAAAGGAGCAACGGGACAAGGUCCAGCUGAUGGCUUCCGAGAAGAAAAAGUGUGCCGAAAUUGACGAUCUGAAGAACCAGAUGAAGAAGCUGCAGGAAAGCAAGCGGGAAGAUCGUAAGAAGCUCGCGGACGAGGACGCACUCAGGAAGAUCAAACAGCUGGAGGAGCAAAAGUACGAGCUGCAGAAGCAGGUCCAAAGUCAGAAGGUGGCCCCGGAUAGCGCGUGGACCGGCAGCGGCUACCGCCCCUUCGUUGGAUCCCAUGUAGAAGAGGAAGCUCUGCUCAACGAGAUGGAGGUCACCGGGCAAGCGUUCGAGGACAUGCAGGAGCAAAACUCGCGGCUCAUUCAGCAGCUGCGCGAAAAGGACGACGCCAACUUUAAGCUCAUGUCGGACCGGAUCAAGGCGAACCAGAUGCACAAGCUGCUGCGCGAGGAGAAGCAGGUGCUGGAGGAUCAGGUGACAACGCGCGACAGCCAGAUCGAGGCGAUGCACGUGGUUCUGCGCAAGCUCGAGGAAAAGGAACGCAUCCUGCAGAACACGGUCACGACGAUCGAGAAGGAGCUGGUCGCGCGCCAGCAGGCGAUGGAAAUGCACAAACGCAAGGCGAUCGAAUCGGCCCAGUCGGCGGCCGACCUGAAGCUCCACCUCGAAAAGUACCACGCCCAAAUGAAGGAAGCCCAGCAGGUGGUCGCGGAAAAGACCAGCUCGCUCGAAGCCGAAGCGUACAAGACGAAGCGGCUGCAGGAGGAGCUGGCCCAGUUCAAGCGCAAGGCCGAACGCAUGAAAAAGAUCGAAAUGUCAGGCACCACGAUCGACGAGGUCAUGCUGGAGGAGAUCCGCGAGUACAAGGAAACGCUGACCUGCCCGUCGUGCAAGGUCAAGCGAAAGGACGCCGUCCUGUCCAAGUGUUUCCACGUGUUUUGCUACGACUGUCUGCGGACGCGGUACGAGACGCGCCAGCGCAAGUGCCCCAAGUGCAACUGCGCCUUCGGGGCCAACGACUACCACCGGUUGUAUCUGUCCACGUAAGAACCCACAACACACUCCUUAUUUAUGGAUUAUACAUAGAGAUUUUUUAAGUCUUUGUUUCUGUUUUUGCACAGUUUUCUUUUUAUUCUUUGUUUCUGUAUAAUUUUUUUCUCCCAAUCAAAAAACAUGGUGUUUGACAAGAAGAAGCCAAUUCUUCGAGCGAUGAAACUUUAUGAAAUACAGCUUUUCUUUUGUGUGUCUGUUACACAAAAUUGAAA